AUGUCGGACCGAUUUGAGUAUACAACGGGUAGUCUUCAGGACAGACAUUCUCGGGUUGCGUCGACAGUGUCCUUGGAUCAAGACUACAUAGACGACUUAGGAGUGCGGCAUUCUCAUAAGUACUACACUGAUUACGCAAGAAAGAGAACAAUCAACCAAUACGAAGAUCGGUGCCCCGGGACAAAAUCUUCAGUGAUUUGCCAAGCGAUUAUAUUCGAAGCAUCUUCUGAUAGUUGCUCAAACCGAGACACGCAGGUUGUCACUUACCAGGAUGACCGACCACUUCAGUUCGCAACCGGUGGGCAGAAGAAAACAACACAGAAUGGUAUCACCCAACCUGAAGAAUGGGCUGUUAAGUAUGAUAAUGAGAAUUCAGCUUCUGAGCCGGAGGAAGGUCCCGUUGUGGAAUGGAUAGGGCCAGUGCUUCAGGUCAAUUUUAUCGGCCGGGCUAAGUUCUCUUAUAGAGUCAUCAGAGAUGGCAGGAAACAAGAAAUCAUACCAUACAUACCAGAAAUGACAGAGGAUUUACCGUUGGAGAUUUACUCGAAAGCAUCCAUUGUGAUCAAAUCUCCCCAUUUGCUGCACGCUCUAGAGGAGCUGAUAGAUUAUUAUCCAUCAUUUCACACUCAACUCAAGGACGGAUACAAAAAGGACUUCAAGAUCGAUCCACCAUUCGCAGUGGUGAUGCACCAUUUCCAGUCUCUCAAAGAGCUAGUUGAGAAAGAGCACGAAUUUUCACACCAAAAGGACUCCCGCAACUUUCGACGGGCUGAAUUGCAGCAAAACCACAUGAGAUACCUGUACGAGUUUGCAGAGCCUUUGUACCGUGCAGACGUGGUUCCGUGUGAACAGCAUUUGUCAGAAACCGAAGGAGAUGUCCAAACCAUUCCCAGCGAAGCAAGCAAGCAGAAAUUGUGGUCGAUAAGUGUAUGGCACAUGAACACUGACGGUGCAACACUUCGACGAACAAAAAAGACAUACAUGGUUAACACGUAUCCCGGGCUGCGUGAUGUUACCGAGCUUCCCAUAUGUCCAGUCUCCAUAUGGGAUGCAAAAGAUAAAGGUGAGCGCCGUAAAAAGAUACUUACGAGGAGCAGGGUUUAUUUCAAAGCCCUCCAGCAGGGUAACCUGCUAGCCAACCUCGAUGGGCCUAUUAGAGACACGAAAACAUAUUAUACCGGGAAAGUCGUUUUAGACUAUCGAAGAGGGGUUGAGGAAGAAUACAAUGGACUUGGAUCGUUCCAACCAGUGAAGGAUCAUUAUGAGUCCUACAGAUCCUACGAUGAGAUUUGCAUCAACGACUAUCGCGGGCCUGAAUCUUCACAAUUAAUCCCGUCAUAUAUAGAUUAUUCGACAGAGAAUAAAAUUAGCAUUCUUAGCACUGAUGCGCAAUUUGGAAGCGAGAAAUCGCAGCGGUGGUUGAAUACGCAAGACUGGAGCCAUGGUGAUACAAAAUCAAAUAAAUUCAGUGGGAAAGGCCUAAAGGUCGUCAAGGAACUGACGGAGCACCAGUUGCUCUUGCUUCAUCCAGCAACGCCGGUUUACGGGUUGAAGCUCAAACAAUGGAUGUUGACAUCAAUGGACUAUAUUCGAGAGACUGUUCCAUCGUCGGAAAGUAUUGCAAAUUUGAUUAUUGGAGAAGACGAGCUGCGGACAAUCCGUGCGCUGUCAAACAAACAGAACAGCACCGCUAAGCAGUGGUCUGCAGAUUUCAUUGAAGGCAAGGGGACUGGUCAGAUUAUUUUACUUCACGACCACCCGGAGUUGGUAAAACCUACACAGUUGGUGAAGGCCAUUUCGGAAUGGCUUCACCGACCCCUUCUAGCCCUCACGGUGGCAGACAUUGGCACUGUUGAAACGCUUGUCGAAAAGCAACUGUUCAAGUGGUUCAGUCUAGCUGAAGCGUGGAAUGCGGUACUUCUUGUCGAUGAAGCAGAAAUUUUCUUGGAGCGGCGACAGAACCGCGAUUUAGGCCGCAAUGGUCUGGUAUCCGCUUUCCUUCGUCGCAUGGAGUAUUUCAAGGGACUGCUCUUCCUUACCACCAAUCGUGUUGGCCAGAUCGAUGACGCCUUCAUUUCACGGGUUCACGUAGCUAUAGGCUACGACAAACUCAAUGCCGAGACGAGAAAAAGAAUCUGGAACGGGUUCUUUCAAAAAUUGGCCAGAGAGCGAACCGGUAAGAUCCAAAUAGCACUCGACGCAAAAAAAUGGGUUUUGGAGACAGCCGGGGAAAAGCAGGUGCAGCUCAACGGAAGAGAUGUUCGCAAUGCGCUACAGACAGCCAUCACGCUUGCGGAGUUUGAGAGUGAGGAAGACCCGGAUUUUACUCCAGACAUGGUUGUUAUUGUGACCAAGAGCCACUUCCAACGGGUGCUUGAGAUGAGCAACAAGUUUCAUGACUAUGUCACAAGUAUCCGACGGGAAGAUGAGAAAAAAUGA